ACCCAGCCUGCCAAGCGUUCUGGCCUGCGGCGGCUAUGAAGGGCUCAGCUGUUCGGCUGCUGCGGAGCAGCGGUCUGGGGCUGUUCCUAAAGCUAAGAAGAAACUUCCCAACAUGCCUGUCGUCUUGGAAAAUUCCUCCUCGUGUCCUAAAAUCUUCCCAGUCAGAAGCUGUCCUUGAUGUCAGAAAUAAUGCACUACCCUUUGUGCCACUGCAAACAUUUACAGACGAGGAAAUGAUGAUAAAGAGUGCAGUUAAAAAAUUCGCACAGGAAGAGAUUGCUCCUUUGGUUUCAACCAUGGAUGAAAAUUCAAAAAUGGAAAAAUCAGUAAUCCAAGGCUUAUUCCAACAAGGGUUGAUGGGUAUUGAAGUUGAUGCAAAGUAUGGAGGAACAGGAUUCUCAUUUUUUUCCAGUAUCCUAGUCAUAGAGGAAUUAGCCAAAGUUGAUGCAUCUGUUGCUCUCCUAUGUGACAUCCAGAACACAAUAAUUAACAAGCUGAUUAAAAAACAUGGAACAGAAGAACAAAAGACUACCCAUCUUCCUAAACUGGUUACAGAAAAAAUAGGAAGCUUCUGCCUUUCAGAGACUGGAGCAGGUAGUGACCCCUUUGCUUUGAAGACCAGAGCUGAUAAAAGGGGAAAUUACUAUCUCAUCAAUGGGUCAAAGAUGUGGAUUAGCAAUGCUGCACAUGCAGGACUCUUCGUGGUUUUCGCAAAUGUGGACCCUACCCGUGGAUAUAGAGGAAUCACCUGCUUCCUAGUAGAUCGUGAUACAGAAGGCCUUCAUAUAGGGAAAGCAGAAAAUAAACUGGGUAUCAGAGCUUCUUCCACCUGCCCAGUAACAUUUGAAAAUGUCAAGGUUCCAGAAGCCAAUAUCUUGGGACAAAUUGGCCACGGCUAUAAGUAUGCUAUAGGAAGUCUUAAUGAAGGCAGAAUAGGAAUUGCUGCACAGAUGCUGGGACUGGCCCAAGGAUGCUUUGACUACACCAUUCCAUAUAUUAAAGAAAGGAUACAAUUUGGCCAAAGAAUAUUUGAUUUUCAGGGGCUCCAACACCAAGUGGCUCACGUGGCCACCCAGCUGGAAGCUACACGAUUACUGAUAUACAACGCUGCUAGGCUUGUAGAAACUGGAAGACCAUUCAUCAAAGAAGCAUCUAUGGCCAAAUAUUAUGCAGCAGAGAUUGCAGGGCUAACAACUAGUAAAUGUAUUGAAUGGAUGGGAGGAGUAGGCUACACAAAAGAUUACCCUGUGGAAAAAUACUUCCGAGACGCAAAGAUUGGUACAAUCUAUGAAGGAACUUCCAAUAUCCAGCUGAACACCAUUGCAAAGUACAUCGACCAGGAAUACUGAUGGCCCUGGGUCUGGGCCCCUCCUGAAUGCCAUUGGUCUAACAUUCUAAACUCCUGUGCAUUGUUGGGGGUAUUAGGCUCCAUGGCAUUGUGGUGUUUUAUUGAGGUCCCCAGUCCAGGUCUGUGGCCUUGGCCUUUUCCCUUUAUGGGCACAGGAGAUCAUUUUUUAAUUUGGGAAGAAAUGCAUCCAUAUUUUCUCCAAAAUUGACUUAAAACUUAUGUUAAUAUUUAUAUAAAUUAUCACUGUAAUUUCAGAGUAUACAAAAGCUUUGCUCUGUCAACAUUUGGAAAAAUGAAGGCAUCAAAGUAUUAAAAAAGUAGUUAUUUUAUAUUUCUUCUAAAUCUUUAUAUUACUACAUCAGAGAAACAUUUGUUACAGUCAACGAUUUUUAUUCGAUACUUUAUAGAUUUUAUUGUAAGUAGCCAAAUGAGGCCAAAAAUGAUAGAAAUUUAUUUGGAAAAAAUCUAAAACUUCUAAAAAAAAAAUCAGUGAAUGGGUGGAAAUUAAGGGUGUAACUUUAUAGGUCUUAUAAUAAAGCAAUAUAAUUUGCCACUUUAAUUAACCUAUAUAAAAACUGCAUUUCAUAAUGGUUUCAGACGAUCGUUUUAAAAAUCUGUCUUUGCAUUAAUUUUCAACUAUGAAGUUCAAAUGAAGUUGUUUUAACUGAAAA